AAUUAUCUACAUUUAACUAACUAUAUUUACUAUUUACAAAAUCAAAUGAACCAGCUCAUUUUCAAUCCUAUUUCCGCGUCACACCUAUAUAAAUAGCACACAACACACAAACUCUUUCAACUUCGUGAUGUGAAAAAAGCCCAAUUAAUAACAAAAUAUAUAUAUAUUUAUUAGCUAAUAGUCCAUUAAUGGCAGAGUUGCAAAGCUCUGAGGUGAUUAUGAAGGUCAUAAGGUUCCUAUCUUCUCUCCUCCAAAGAGUUGCAGAGACUAAUGACGUGUUUGGCUCGUAUGGUGCUCGAAAAAUCUCGAUUUUCCACGGUUUGACUCGGCCCACAAUCUCGAUAAAGAGCUAUCUCGAGAGGAUUUUCAAGUACGCGAAUUGUAGCCCGUCUUGUUAUGUCGUGGCCUACAUUUAUCUCGACAGGUUCGCGCGAAAACAGCCUUUGAUGCCGAUAAAUUCGUUCAAUGUGCAUCGGCUUCUCAUUGCUAGUGUUUUGAUUUCUGCAAAGUUUAUGGAUGACAUAUACUACAACAAUGCUUACUAUGCCAAAGUUGGAGGCAUAAGCACAGCAGAGAUGAACCUUCUAGAAGUAGAUUUCUUGUUCGGCCUGAGCUUCGAACUGAACGUGUCGACUGCCACAUUUCAUCACUAUUUUGGUUAUCUUCAAAGGGAGAUUCUCCUCGAGCUUCCUCCCAUUUAUGCAGUCCCAUCUACACCAAAACUAAAUCUUGGCGCGAAAGAUAAGCUCCAUUUUUGUGCCAACGAGGAAGGAUCUACCGCUCAUCAACAACAAUUAGCAGUUUAGCUUGUGGCUAGCGUGUUUUUUCGAUCCAUAGUUUUGAUAAUUGGUUUUUGGUAAAAACGACAUGAAAACUUUAGAAAAAAAAUAAAAUGAUUUUGUACUGACAGCAGACAGAUGGAAUUUUCUUUAGCCUAAGUUUUUGUUCAAGUUCAACUUGAUGAUUAAACGAGCAAUCAUUGUUUGAACUCAAAUGAGUUCAAAUGAGUAGGGCAGUUCAAUUCAUUUGCAA